UGCUGCAAAACAAUAAUAAGGAAGUGACCUCGAAAUUGCAACCCCUCGCAUGUCUCUUAUGUGACAGAGAUGGGGCUUAUAACUCUCGCACUCUUCAUGUUUUUCACAUGUUCCUAUGCAGAGCGAAAUGGACCAAUUCAGACGUUUGUCAUCCCACAUAGUCACAUGGAUGUUGGCUGGGUCUAUACAAUUCAGGAGAGCAUGCACGCGUAUGCCGGAAACGUGUAUACCAGUGUGACGGAGGAACUGACGCGGAACAAACAGCGAAAGUUCAUCGCGGUGGAACAGGAGUUCUUUCGCCUGUGGUGGGAUUCGGUGGCCACGGACAAGCACAGGCAACAGGUCCGACAGCUGCUGAAGGAGGGUCGACUUGAGUUCAUUAUUGGGGGGCAGGUGAUGCAAGAUGAAGCCGUGACAGAUCUAGAUGAUGACAUACUACAGCUGACCGAAGGCCAUGGGUUCCUGUACGAGACGUUUGGGGUGCGUCCUCGGUUCUCGUGGCACGUGGACCCAUUUGGAGCCUCCGCCACUACCCCUGUGCUCUUCGCGCUGGCCGGGUUCCACGCCCACCUUAUCUCCCGGAUCGACUAUGACCUCAAAGACGACAUGCAGGAGAACCGGAAACUCCAGUUUGUCUGGAGAGGCUCCCCGUCGUUGAGAGAGCAGCAGGAGAUCUUCACUCACACCAUGGACCAGUUCAGCUACUGUACCCCCUCCAACCUGCCUUUCUCUAACAGCUCUGGCUUCUACUGGAACGGAGUGGCCGUGUUUCCCGACCCCCCUAAAAACGGCGUCUACCCCAACAUGAGCCUGCCUGUCACCAAGGAGACGCUGCGCCCCUACGCUGAGACCAUGGUGCGGAACAUCCAGCAGAGGGCAGCGUGGUUCCGGACAAACCACGUCCUCUGGCCCUGGGGCUGUGACAAGCAGUUCUACAACUCCUCAGUGCAGUUCGCCAACAUGGAUCCAUUAGUGAACUACAUUAACCAGAACAGCAAGGAGUUUGGGGUUACAGUCCAGUAUGCCACCCUCAGCGAGUACUUCCAGGCUGUCCACCAAACAAAUCUCACUUGGGAGGUGAGAGGAAAUGAGGACUUUCUUCCCUACUCCUCUGAACCGUUCCAGGCGUGGACUGGGUUCUUCACCUCCCGGAAUGUUCUGAAGGGAGUGGCAAGGAAGGCUAGUUCCAAGUUGAAAGCUGCGGAAACUCUUUUCACCCAGUACAGGGUCAGCUACCCUGAUGGACCAGUGCCUAAGGAAGAGGCCCUGCAGAAACUGAAGGCCCUCCGCUGGGCUGUCUCUGAGGUGCAACACCAUGACGGCAUCACCGGUACAGAGUCCCCCAAGGUGGCUAACAUGUACAUGGAGCACCUCACCCAGGCCAUGAUGGGAGUAGAUGAACUCCUGGCUGCCCUCUUCAUCCUGCCUCAGGGCUUGGACACGGUUGGCGACUCCGACGCCUCUGGACAGAACUCUAUUCCUAUGGAUUUGGAGCAGCACAUUGUUGUGUACAACCCCCUGGCUUGGAACACCACCGCCGUCAUCAACGUCACGGUAACGUUUCCCAUGGCGACCGUGUUCGACGACCAAGGACAGCCCGUACCCGCGCAGAUCCAGGGGUCGGCUGAAUCCAACACGACCUAUGACUUGUUCAUCGUGGUCGACCUUGGGGGCCUCCAGCACAGGAAGUACCUCGUCAGGUUCUCGGAGAAGCCGUGCGAAGAGGGUCCUGAGUGUGGCUUGACCCAUCAGGCCUGGGUGGUACCGUUCGAGAGACAAAAUGUUUCAAAGUGGUUAAAAACGGGACGGAGGCUCUUACCCGUUCUGAAUGAGUGUUAUAAGAUCAAAUUGGACCAGGACACCAACCUUCUGCACAGUAUCACUGACAGGCAAGCGAUGAGGACGGUGACAGUGAGUCAGGAUUUCUGGGAGUACCAGGUGAAUGGGGAUGUCAGCGCAGGGCCCAUCUCCGAUAACUACGUCUUCAGCGCUAACAGCUCGGCAGUAAGAGCGUACAAGGCCAUUGGGUUGGAGAUCGUCCCUGGGAAGGUGAUCACUGAGAUCAGACAGUACUUCUAUAGGGAGGAAACCGACGAGGUCUACAGCUUCUCGGUCACCACCAGGGUUCCGCAGGGUUUCCCCAGGGGCAGGCCGCUGUGUCACAGGCUGGAGCAGAGCUACUCCCUGGGCCCCCUGGCGGUCAACACCGAGGUGGUCCUCCGGACCCGGACCGGCCUGAAGAACAACAGGACCCUGUUCACUGACGACAACGGAUACCAGAUGAUGAAGAGGCCUUACCGGCCAUUCGUGGAUAAUAUUAUUGCCAGGAACUACUACCCCAUGGUGAGAACGGCCUACAUCGAGGACGACUCCAGCCGACUGGUCCUCCUCAGCGAGAGGGCCCACGGCGUGUCCAGUCAGGCUGAGGGAGAGCUGGAGGUGAUGCUCCACAGACGUCUGUGGAACAACCAGCUGUGGAACCUUGGAUACAACCUGACCCUGAAUGACAGCUCAGUGGUGCGGCCUAGCCUGUGGAUGACGCUGGGAUCCCUGGCUGCAACUCCCUCUCUCCACCAGAGGGAGGCGCUGGAGCUGCAGCACAGGCCGGUGGUCAUGCCCAUUGACAGGCCUCAGAAGGCCUGGAGGAGGAGAGAACACGGGAUGGGAGCUCCUCUCCGGCCCGUGGUCCUGCCCGACAACCUCCACCUGCUGACUCUCUGUGUCCCAGGCUGGGCCUACAGCUCCAACCACACUCUGCACCUCCGCAGCAUAGGAAAACGUGACACUGGUACCACCCAGCCGGAUUACAACCGGGUCCUGAUGAGGAUCAUGCAUCUGUAUGAGACGGGGGUAGACCCGGUACUGUCCCAGCCCGUCACCAUAAACAUUAAGGAAGUGCUUCAGAGCGUGGGGGAAGUGAGAGUGCUGGAGGAGCGCUCACUUACUGGAACCUGGGACAUCUCUGACCUCCGGAGGUGGGAGUGGAAGACUUCUGAAAGUCCAGAGAACGGGGGUCAGAGGUCAAGUGUUGGCACAGGUGGAGAUUUCAACGUGACCAUAUUACCCAAAGAAAUCAGGACAUUCUUUGUCUCCUUCAAGCUCAAAUAGAAUCUUCUGUGAAGAUCUGAUCUGAGAUGAGGCCUUCCGACAUGUAGACAUUAUUUUACAUGAGGAUGAAACAUUCGCUAAUUUACCGUGUGUGUGUGUUUGUGUAUGUAUGUAUGUAUGUGUGUGUAUGUAGAUAUAGAUAGAAAUUUAAGUCCUACCCCCAAGGAAGAAUUGGAUAAUCUGGUCAAAUCAAGAUGUGCAAAGCUGGUAGAGGCAAUACCCAAGAUGUGACUGCUGGCAAAGGCACUUCCAAAAAGUACUGAAUAAAGGGACUGAAAGUUA